AUGGCCCGGCGCGACCACCAAGCAUCAGUGGGAGAUUUUGAUCCUCACAGAAUAGCGAGCUCUGAUGUUAAAGAUAAAACAGGAGCGGAAAAACUCACAAAUGAACUGAACUACGAUCGUCCAAACGAUGAACAUGAAAUUAAGGUAAAACAACGUCAAGGAAGAGAGAAUGGAAGUACAGAUAAAUAUGAGGAGAGGGAGUUUUCCAAUGACACAAAUCAAGAUAAAAACCAGUUUGUACAUGGUGAAAAGACUUCCAGUUUUUCUUCGAAAACGACAGACAAAAGCUCAAGUAAUGCUGAAGAUGAAGAUGGAACAGAAGGAAUUCUUAGACAAGUGGGAAAGAAUGGAAAGAAUUUCGCCAAACAAAUGCCCCCAAAACAUACUGAUAGUGAAAAUAACGAUGCGUUGAGUUAUAAUAUUAAGAACGAGAAUAGUCGGGAAGACAUCGGCCAAGAAGAUAAAGAGAAAGUUGAAGUUGAAGAUGAUGAAGAGGACGAAGAAGACGACGACGCUGGGAAGGAUGAUGAUGAUGAUGAUGAUGAUGACGACGACGACGAAGAUGAAGAUGACGAACCUCCCCUACUAAAAUACUCUAGAAUCACGCAGCUUUCGAAAAACUUUCUCACAAGAGAUACCAUAUCAGCGUGCCAAUUCCACGACAAAGUUUUCGCUUUUGCUACACAUGCUGGAAUAUUACAAUUCACAGAGCCCGACUUUACCACGAUAAGGACGCUCAAAUGUCACCGAUCGUCAAUCACUUCGAUAUAUACGGAUGGAGAGCUUUUCGCAACCUCUUCAAUUGAUGGAACGGUUGUCAUCGGCUCAGUGAGAGAUAGUUCUGAUCUACUUGCGUGCGAUUUUAAAAGACCAGUCCAUGCAGUGGUAUUGGAUGAAAAGUAUAAAACUUCAAAAACUUUCGUUUCGGGAGGUAUGGCAGGAGAGGUUAUUUUGUCUCAAAGAAACUGGCUUGGGAACAGGGUCGACGUUGUGCUUGAUAAGGGGCACGGACCAAUCGUUGGGAUCUAUACUUUAGAUGACGUCCUUUUCUGGAUGAACGAUGCAGGCAUCACUUUCUACAGUAUAGCGUCGAAAAGUAAGCUAUUACAAAUACCGUUUCCCAGGGAUGAAGACGGCACAAGGCCAGAUUUGUAUUGGCCUUCUGUUCACUUCCCAGAAACAGACAGGAUAGUUAUCUCCUGGGCCCGUCAUGUUUGGACAUUCAAAGUCUCCUUAGCAACUCUGACUACUCACGGAAAUCAUUUGGGGUCCAUUUUGUCCAGUGCUGCAUCUAGUCUGAGAGCAGUCCCGGACAAAAAAAUCGAGCAUGACCACUAUCUGUACUUACCCAUGACCUUGGCAGGUGUAGUGUCUUUCCGUAAUGAUCAACUAUUGUGCUUAGAGAUACCUUCCUCCGAAAGCGCUGGAACAACCCUAAACAAUCCACAGCUAAAAGUUAUCGAUAUGUUCACUGGUGAAGAAAUCCAUGGCGAUGAAGUUGUUUCCAAAAAUCAUCAAAACCUAAAUGUCAAUGACUACCAUCUAGGUAAGCACAUUGGUAGAGAAUCCACUGAAUAUUUUAUGAUUAGUUCUCAUGAUGCGAUAUCUGCUCAUGAGUUAUCUUUACUGGAGCGAUAUCAAUGGUUCCUCGACAAUGGAAGGGACUAUGAUGCAUGGAACAUCGGCCUCUACGCUGUCGAUAAGAUGGAAAGAUUGGAAACUGGAGAACGUUACAUAAACGCGCUAAUAUCUUCUAAAAGCUGGGAAGAUGCCGCCUCUGCCAUUACCGAGAUUUUCUCCAGCACGAACAUCGAGGCGAAUGAUUCUGAUCAAUACCGACACAUUAUCGAAAAAUGGGAAGCAUAUGUUACGCUAUUGAUCGAAAAUGGAAAGGUCAACGAAAUCGCUCCGCUGGUGCCUUUGCAUCCGCAGUUGAGCUCUAAAAUCUACGACAACAUUUUGAAGUUCUACCUUGAAACUCAUCAGCUCUCCAUUUUGUCCCAUUAUACACACCAGUGGCCAAGAAACGCUUGGAACAGCCAGUAUUUUGAAAACCUUUUUGAGGAGCUGAUAGAAAAAAAUGACGAACACGUCCGUGAAUACAGAGAAGAGCUCGUUUUCUUACUUCUGACGGAGAAUAAAGAUGUAAAAGCUGUACCCCACCUCAUCCAGAUGAGAGAUUUGAGGGCUCUCGAUAUUAUUAGUGAUCAAAAAGUGCUCUCAAUGUUUGCGAGGCAGUUGUUGGAUAUCGUACUUCUUCCUUACAAUGGUGAAGAUGAAGCUCUAAACUCGCUGGGUUUAGAUCACGCACAGCGGAUUUUCAAAAAGCCGAUUAACCUUCUAGUGCAAGGGACUCAUAUGGUCGAUAUCUCCUUCAUCACUUCCAAGCUUUCGUCCUCUGAGACUUACGGCAUUUUGCUUUACCUUUUCUUACGCGAGGGCUCCAAAGCUGAACCCAUUUUGACCGCACCUUAUGAAAAUGAUAUGAUUACCCUUUACCUACAAUUUGAUCACGAAGGCCUCCUAGAAUUUUUAAAGACCAAGAAAAACUACGACGUCGAUAACGCUAUCGAGCUUUGCAGUUCAACGAAUGACUAUACCAACGAGCUAAUAUACCUAUAUGGAAAGAUCGGAGAAACUAAAAAGGCCCUUUCGCUGAUCAUAGAUAGAGGAAAUGAGCCCAAGCUUGCUAUACAAUUUGUUCAAAGUUCGGGGGAUAUUGAGUUAUGGCAGUACCUGAUAACUUACAGUAUGAACAAGCCAGCUUUCAUAAAGGCACUACUCGAAAUGAGGUCAACCUUGGGAGCCGGGCAUGUCGACAUUUUACGAAAAGUGCCUCCAACUUUGGAAAUCGAUGGGCUAAAAGUGUCUCUCGAACACAUCACCAAAGAAAACUUUAUCAACCUCAAUGUGAAGUCCGGAGUCUUUAAAAUCCUCGAUGAUGAGACAAAGCAAUUUGCUCAUGAUUUUCUCAAAUUAAGAGAAAUGGGGAAAGUCUUUAAUGUCGAUAGUUCUUGA